AUUAUGCAGAAUGAAGAAGCGGGAAAUGCGAAUAAGGAACAUCCAUGAUGUUGGGUUCAUUGACCCACACAUCGUUAAUUCAUAUGUGUUAGAACACCACCCCGCCGACGUGGAGGAUGACCUGUGGCGGUUUAUUAGAAAACAGCAACAGAAAAGUGAUAUUCUAUUUCCUUACCAUUUUGGGUUCCACUGGAUUCUUAUGGUAAUUCAAGUUCAGACCUCCUCAGUUCUCGUCCACGACUCUCUGAAUAUGGAUCCGGCGCUUUGGGCCGACAUGAGAAAAAUGAUGCAAAAGGUUUGGAGACGGUUCGUAGAUACCAAGGUCGGUGAAUUCAAAAAGGAGCUACAUUUUAAAAUGGCAGUGCGGACGACUGGGGAUAUUCAGCCACCGGGGACCAAUCUAUGUGGAUACUAUGUUUGUGAGAGGAUCCGGAGAUACUGCAAUGAGCGGGACCAGAAGUGUGAGAACAACAUCCUGAGGAAUAACCUCCGGAAGACGCUUAGUCCAGAAGCUCGCUUCCGACCACUUCAAGAGGAACUAGCUGGAUGGUUGGCGAGGGAAGUCAUCGAUCCUAGAGGAGAACACUAUUACGAUGACGUAGAACUUUAUAUGCACCAGAACUUGUAACUAACUUGUUCAAAAUUGUAUAUGGUCAUCCGAUAUUGAAUA